GGUGGUGGUUGGGGGUGGUAGUGGUGGUAGGGGGGGUCACGGCCGCAGGCAGAGCUCUGGAGAGAGACAGAGCUGGCAUCUGGUCGGCACGAGGAGGUGGUUGCGGUAUAGACGACGAUAGUUGUGGUGGUGGUGGUUGUGGGAGCAGCGGCGGCGGUGGCGGCUGUGCUGGAGAGAAGCCGUGCAGGAUGUCGUCGCAAAAAUGCAGCUUCUGGCAGGCUCUGUCAGCUGCCUCCUGCUGCUUCUACCGCAGCUCCUGUGUGCAGGUGCAGUUCACCACCAAGGAGCGCUGCCUGAUGGAGGGAAGCUCGGAGAAGCUGCGCAAGGAGCUGGAGGAGGAGCUGAAGCUGGGCAGCGAUGACAUCCGCAGCCACGCGUGGUACCACGGCUGCAUCCCGCGCGAGGUGGCCGAGCGAGCGCUGGGGAAUGACGGAGACUUCCUCAUCCGCGACUCGGUGUCGAGCCCAGGGAACUUCGUGCUCACGUGCCGCUGGGGGGCCGCCCCCCUCCACUUCAAGAUCCACCGCGAGCUCCUGGCCAGCGUGGCCCCCAUCUCCACAGCGAGAGCCUCCCCGCUGGUGACGGGCCGGAGCCGCGUGCAGUACCGCUUCGAGCAGGAGUGCUUCGACAGCGUCCCAGCACUCGUGCGCUUCCACGUGGGCAACCGGCGGCCCAUCUCGGCGCAGACGGGCGCCGUCGUGGCGCGCCCCGUCAACCGCACCGUGCCGCUGCGCUACCUGGAGGCGCGGUACGGCGGCGGCGGGGGGGCGGGGGAGGGGGCCGCGCGGGGUCGCACGUUGGGGGGCUCCCCCGCCCCCCAGGGGGGUCACGCUCAGCACCCCCUCGCCAAGCGGCUCAGCCUCAACAUGGGGGACGCAGCCGGGCAGGACGGAUCGCCCGCCAGCCUCGUCAGGGCGAAGGAGAAGAGCGGCAGCCACCCGACCAACCUCGACCACCUGCAGGAGAAGCACCGUCACCUUCCCACGCACCAGUCCGAGAGCCACCUGCCGCUGGGUCAGCGCGGCCGCGCGGCAGGCGGCGCCGGCUCCGACAAAACCCCGGCGCUGCUCUCCCCGCUGUUCCGCACGGGCAGCGAGCCCGUGCUGAGCCCCACGUUCCAGCGGCGCGUCGGGCCCGACGGCGCGUCCCUCGCGCCCGCCUUCGAAGGAGCCCCGCCGGCGUCCUCCUCCUCCUGCUCCUCCUUCUCGGCCGCCGGCGCCAGGAGCGGCCUUCGGGGCUCCGACGGGCAGCUCAACGGCAAGCCCCCGCCCAAGCCGUGCCGCGCGCCGUCCGUCAUCAUCAGCGCAGACCCCGAGGCCACGGGAGGCCACUACUGCGAGCUGCGGCCGGUCCCGCUGUCGGGGGCGGGAACCCCGGCCUCCAGGAAGAGGGGCCACGUGGAGCGGCUCGUGGCCGAGGAGGUGGCGGCCGCGAGGGAGGCCGCGCGCCGAUCCGAGACCAACUUCUCCGUCCUGGAGGGCGAGCGGACGAACGCCAGGGUCACACGGCUGGCCGACGGAAAGAAGGCGGACGAGGAGCUGUUCGUGCCGGAGGUGGAGACGGAGUCGGCGUUCCAGCCGGGGUCGUUCCGCUCGCCGCUGCUCCCGGCCGACAACAAGCCCCUGGACACGGCCGUGCUGCGCCUCGUCAAGGAGGCCUUCGGCGAGCACGACGCACGCACCAUCGCCGGCCACAUCACGGCCAUCGACUGCCAGGUGGCGCGCGUGGUCGGGGUGACGGAGGAACGACGCCGGAGGAUGGGGGUCUCCUCCGGCCUGGAGCUGCUCACGCUGCCGCACGGACACCAGCUCCGCAAGGACCUCAUGGAGCGGUUCCACACGCUGGCGAUCGGCAUCGCGGUGGACGUGCUGGGCUGCACGGGGAACUUGCGCGACCGCGUCGCACUGCUGCACAAGACUGUGCAGCUGGCGGUCGAGCUGCGCUCCUCGUUCGGCAACCUCUUCGGCUUCGCCGCCGUGAUGAGGGCCCUCGACCUCCCACAGGUGACCCGGCUGGAGCAGACGUGGGCCGCCCUGCGCCAGCAGCACACGGAGAGCGCCAUCGCCUACGAGAAGAAGCUCAAGCCCUUCCUCAAGUCGCUCAACGAGGGCAAAGAGGGCCUCCCGCUGUCAAACACGACGAUCCCGCACAUCGUGCCGCUGCUGCAGCUGCUGGAGAGGCCGUGCGGGGGCCUCGCGCAAGACGGUCCCCCGGAGCCCUGGGAGGGCCCCGACCACGGCCUGGGGGCCGUGCUGCGCCACCUGGAGAACGGGCGCUCCGUCGCGGCCAACGCGCGCAUCUACAGCACCAACGCCGACGCCAAGCUCGCAGGCGCUGUGCGGGACGAGAGGCUGCUGGACGUCUUCCGCACGGAGUUCAUGCUGAAGCUGCUGUGGGGCAGCAAGGGCGCCGAGGUGGCCCAGUCGGAGCGCUACGACAAGUUCGAGCAGAUCCUCAACGUCCUCUCCAAGCGCCUCGAGCCGCCCGUCAAGCAGAGCGAGCUCUGAGUCCUCAAGCGGGGGUGCAGCGGGGGGGGCGGGAAGAGGGGGGAGCGGGGUGCAGGAGGUGCUGGCACCAGCAACGCCGGCUACUUCCCGGCUAAAAUGCGCCAGGCUCCUACAACAACAACGACUAUGAUCACAGCUCUUCCACUCACCAACUCUUCCGCUCUUCCACUCUGGAGCCCUUCAACUCUCCCCUGGAAGUGUAAACGGAGCCGCCGUCGCGGAGUCGAGCGUCGAGGUGAGGCGACGGAAGGUGGAACGACGGCAGGCAACGGAAUUUUGGAUGUUUGUACAGCGAGAGAGAGAGACGGAAACACAGAGAGAGAGAGAGAGACGUGCAGGGUGUGUCCGCAACGGACAGUCCUGCCAUCCUGAGGACUCGGACACACACGACCCGGACCGAACGUCACGAGGACCAGACCCGAGGCUUGGUGCAGAGGAUAAUGAAAUGAGGCCUCCCCUUCCACCGCCCCUGCCCCCCCCCCCCGGCACCUGGGCCCCUCUCGUCAAUUGUCAACCUGGUGAAGUUGCACCGCCCUGGAGAAAUCGCAACAUUCGUCAAAGGUCAAGUUCAAAGUCCAAAAAAAUCACCCUCUGCUAACAUGAGCAUAGGGAAGCGCCUAUCUGCAGUGGCAGAAAUUCCACAUUACCUUGCCGGGGAAUAGUUUGUCCGGCGCCAGAUGGAUGAUGGGGUGGGAUUUUGUGAACUUGUAAUGCAUUUCCAGUCGAGUGCUUUCAGCCACUGCGGUGAUCGAUAUGAAAUUACUCAGCGUCUUGAGUAAGUGGGCACACGUUGGACGCUAUAAAUACAAAUUGCAUUGUGUGUGUAUAUAACAUAUAUAAUAUAUAUUCAGUUGGUAUUCCAGCCAAGGAAGGGAAGACAUCCGAGUGAACGUCCACCGUGGAGAUGGAGCAAUGAAAUUAGUUCCGUGUGCAGGUGCUCGCUGGAUUAUUAAAUCGCAGCAACAGAUCGUAAGAGGUGGAGGUGUCUUCGGGAGGCCUUCAUCCACCAGUGGAUUGAACAUGGCUGGUCGUCGAUCCACCACACGCAUGAUUGCUUCUGGGUCGAUAAGUAUGCAAUAUUUACUUUUGGGGAAGAAGAAAAAACGAAUUUGGGCACCCAGCGAGAAGAGACUGUGAUAUGGGGAAUCAUUCACAGAGAAUUAUUCUCUUUGGCUAAAUCUGAGGAGUCCUUUGUGCGUCCUGGCCUGUGCACCGUUGCCACCUCUUGAGGUACAAAAGAACCGGGAUAUAUCGUGGGACAAAUCAUAUCUCACCAAAAACUGGAGGAGGGGAGAACUGCGUGUAAAUUGAUCGUCUUGAGUGGUAGUUUUAUUUCUGAUCUGACAAAAAAAAUACUUUUAAUGUCCUGGGAAGACUUACAGAAUUCCCACGACACCCAACAGAUUUUCUCAGGCCAGCGACAAUCCAGAGAAAACCAGGAUGGGUGGCAACCCCUCCUGCUGUGUCUUGGGACCCCGGAACUCUGUAUGUGGUGUGGAAGAGUUGAACCAUGGGACUCAUAAGAUAGACGACAAAAUCAUCGACGCUAAUCGAAGCUGCCUGCAUUUAUUCCAUUGCACCUUAUUGAGAAACUGGAGAGUCCAGGUCAAGAGGUCAGACGGCCUCGCAUUGCAGCAAAGCCUUCUUGUUCUCCUACCCACCGAUGCAGAGCGCGUCGCGAAAAUGCAAAACGCGCUUCAAUGGUGCGCCGUCACUUGCCGAACCGCGACGCCGUGAAUUCUGUUUUCAUGAAUGCGCCGCGUAUUUUAAGAAUGAGUUUAUAUAAAUAAAAAAAGCGAUGUGUUUUUUUUUUAUUUCAAUUCGAGUGCUUGGUUCACUUUAGUUGGAGCCAGCGGGGCCCAGGGUUUUGCGUUGUGUCAUUUUUAUUGUGAUGGGCGGCCGCGUCAACGCGGACGGUAUUUGAAAGAUAAAGACGGGAGCACUUGCUCUUGCCUGCCCCUUGCAAUGCCUGCACUGCCUUGAGACCGCGAGAGAGCCUGACCCUAAAACAGAAGACCCCAAGGACUCCACCGAGCUGCGAGCGCGGUGAGCUGCCAAGCCAUCAGGCGUGUGUCACUGACGACGCCUGGCCGAUACAACGCACGCUCUCUGGUGGAACAAGCGGACUGCUCCUACUCCGCUCGGCUGCCACGCCCGGAUGCUGCCGUGGAAUGGCUCGCGACGUUGGGACAAUGUAACGGUUGUUGCCUUUUUUUUUAGUUUCAAGCGCCACGCGACGGCAGAAACGGAGCACCCUGGGAACGGCUGCCACCUUCUGAAAUUAUUCGGAGGUUGCAGCAGCAGAAACGCAAUAGGCCUCGCCUGAAGCCGUCUCGCGUGACUUUGUUUCUGUUCACUUGGCUGUACGCAAGAGGAAGAGCAUUGGACGGAGUGUCAUCGUAUCCGACAGUGGGUGAUGUGAGAGUGGUGGAGCGAGAUUUGAGAUUAGGUGUUGUGAGUGAGAUGACAAUGAUGGUUAUUUUUGUAAUUAAUAUUUUUGCCCAGGAGAGCUUCACCGGGGAGGCGAUGCUGCCACGUAUUUCUCCGUUGAGUAAAUGUGGGUUAAUUAUUCAGGUUUGGCAAAUUUAGGACCAUCGAUAUGUUGGCGAUGAUGUUGACGAUGACGUCAGGAGAGCGUUCCAGUGCCCGUGACUAUGAUGUGCCGAGUUUCUAAAUGCUGACAAAUUACAUUACCAUUGGAGUGUCUAAUGCGACGGAUGUAUUCCUGCUAAAUGUGGCAUUUAUUGAAGAAUACAAUCAAGUUUAUUUUUGCCAAAAAGAAAGGUAAAAAAGCAAUCAAUUGACACGCUAACUUCUAUUAUUCUGAAUUGUUGGGCCAAAAUAGCUCAUUUUUAUUGUCCUGUAUUUUUCCACUAAAAUAUGAAACCGGGUACAUCACCUGUUGAAUCUUUAAAAAAGUGGCAUAUAUUAGAAAAUAAAAUUUGAAUGGAUUAUUUUGGCCAAAUAAUUGAAAAACACUGUCGUCUUUCGUGUACAUAAGCCCAAACAUUUAAAAAUGUUUCCCACUAAAAUGUUGAAGAGAUGUUAUGUAUGUACGCUCAAUAAAGCAUUAACUGUACAUAUAUAUCAUAUUUGAAAUUGACACGACCAGUUUUCAUAUUUUCACCAAACGCGUAAAAACGUCUCCUGUAUAGACGGUGAUUAUACAAUGUUUGGAACAUUUUGAAACGUUACAUUUUGCCAAAACGUGAAAAAAGACGCACUAACCCUACGGUGUUUUCGGUAAAAAUGGGCAUGGAAAUGUUUAAAUCUGUAUUCUUAUAAACAUGACGAGAAUUAAAGUCCACUGUAAAAUAAA